GUCAACUUAGCCGCGACUUUCCAACUCGCUUGACAUGACAUUUGUACCCUCCAGUGUUGCGAGCUUUCCUAGACCCUUCAUAAAGGUCCAAAACAAGCCUCUUCAACAGGCAAACUAAAUUCUCUGCGCUAGCUUCUGGACAACUGGAUUCGGAAGAACUUAAAAUGGAAUCGAACUCAUGUUACAGCAUUAUGAAGAGGCAAUUUUCAAAUGUCAGUUUGGUACUCUCCGAGCUGGAUAGUGACGAUUCGUUCAGUGAUAUCCCUUCCAAUAUACAAAAUUCAAGUGCAGUUCGUAAGCCCACCGAUAUUGAAAAUAACAAAAAGGAAUCUCAAUUAAAUAUACACCCCGAUGGCCAGGACAACCGUGUUUGUCCAGCGGAAGCCCGAAUAGGAAAGUUAGUUACAACAAAUAUUGAAGGGAAAGAGUAUGUACUGCCCUUCAAACUACUCUCAGAAUGCGUAGCGGAACGACUUCUCACGAAAAAUUCCCACAAACUGCUGAAUGACAGUCCACCAGAAGGUCUCGAUUUUCGCAAUCCAACGUUAAGAGACGAGAUUGUAAGUCUACUGUUUGCACCUGUUCAACAAGAGCUCGUGCUUAAGAAAACGAACCUUUGUGGGGACUAUUCAGUCGGACCGACCUGUAAAGCUAAGUGUCACAGCGAAAUACCAUCUCCUAAUACUAGUCGUGCUAUCUCAAACCGUGAAGACAAACAAAUUUUGAAUAAAAGCCCCUCAGUCAGCUCGGCUAAGGUUCUCAAGUUGGAUCGCACUCCUUUUCAGUGUCCCAUUUCCAAGUGUGGCGACUUUGUGAGUGCGACUUUCUAUUCAUCCCAUUUGAAAGUCGAGCAUAGCGAUUUGACUCUCGGGGGGCUUCAUCCGGGCGAAGAACGCACUAUCUUGGUCAACUUGAAACUGAACGUCCACGGCAGCAAUCACUGUAAUGCCGUUUACUACUUACACAGCAAACUACGCGACUUCGGUCAAAGUGAGUUCCGAAAUUUGGUCCCCGUUCUUCUGAUGUCCUCCAAAUUCCAGUUAAUCGAUUUGAAGCGGGACGCUCGACAUGGGCAGCACGUCAAGCGAUCAUCGCAGGCAUCAAAAUCGUACUACGUGUUCUGGUUCACGGGAAUCGUAUCCGAGAGCAUGAAGAUCCAUUACUCCCUGGAGAUUGGUGCCAGGCAGUGGAACCAUGGCUGGAUCUAUCCACUGUCAGGACAUCAGGAUCUGAAGAGUGUGUUCUGGUCUGGUGCUGGACUGAUGUUUUCGCAAAAGUGGAUCAAUAAGUUCAUCACGAGGCAGGAUAAAUUUCUGGAAAUGCGAUUAGUAUUACGGUAGGGCUAACCAAAAUUUAUGCUUUAGGAUCUAUGUUUUCAACAUGUAAGUACGUAAGGCAAAAUUAUACAAAUUUAUU